UUAUAUUAAGGGGCAAACCGCUAUAACUUCCACUUUUUUCUAUUACCUGUAAUAUCUUAAGCAGGUAAAUGUGAAAUAUUGAUAGAAAUAUUGAAUCUAAACCUUAAGAAAAUUAUUCUGAAAACAAUAGAGUUAGUCAGGAAUACAUCUAUUAUUAUAUUUGUAUUAUUUUAAAGUGUCAGUGCUUUUACUUUACUAAACUUUUUCAAUAUGAAUAUGAACAAUAACGCUUUGCAAGCCGAAGAAUUGGUGACAUUGAAAUCAAUCUACGGAAGACAAUGGAAAAAGAAUGGUUUCGUUGAGAAUUUGUACACAAUCAACAUUGCUCAAGACGUUGAAUUGUACAUCACUUUGAACUCUUCGUAUCCAUUGGAAGGACCACCAUCGUACGACUUGUUAGCACCAAAAUUGACAAAAAAUGUUAAGUACGUCAUAACUUGUGCACUCGAUGAGAUUUACUUUGAUAAUAUUGGUGGACCAGUGCUUUUCCAAUCGAUCGAAAGAAUCAAGGAAAUUAUCCAGAAAGAAUGCAAUUACAAUGACAAAAAAGAUAAGAACAACAACGGAAAGGGGAAAACAGACAACAAUCUGAAGAUAAAGGGAAAGCAGUCAUACGUAAAAUACAACAUCAUCCACGGAGAGACCAUCCGAGACAGGAAGAGCGACUUCCAAGGUCACGUAUGCGUUGUCAAUUCGGAGGAAGACGUCAAAAACGUAAUAAAAUUGCUUCUGCAGAACAAGAAAAUCUCUCAGGCGAAGCACAACAUCUCUGCGUAUAGAAUUACGCAAUCGAACGGUGUUUUGCUGCAAGAUGGUGAUGACGAUGGAGAGUAUUUAGCGGAUGCACGUUUGAUGCAACUACUACAGAAACUUAAUCUUAAUAAUGUUGUCGUCAUAGUGACGAGAUGGUACGGAGGGAUUCACCUGGGCAAUGACAGGUUCAAGCAUAUCCACAAUGCAGCCAGAUCGGUUUUACAGAUAGGAGGUUUUAUCUAGUUGAAAAUUGCAUUUCGUUUGUAUUAUAUUGAUAGUUUUAAGUAAUAUUUAAUAAAUACUUUAUUAGUGUA